CCUUUUUGGAUCAAAGGCUUUAAAGGGGAUAGAGAGAGAGAGAGAGGGCAGUUUCUUAUUACUACGCAAAACCCAAGCUUUUAUUUCUUUGAUUCUGUUACAGUUUUAAGCAUAGAUUCCCCAUUGUUAGAAAGUUCCCGAGAAAAAAGCAAUAUUCUUUCAGUUUUCUUCUCGCAUUCACUAGUUUUUCUCUGGGCUUGUUGGGUUUUAACCUAGCUAGUAUGACUCCAUUGCCAACUGGGUCAUUUUUUUUUUGACGGCUUUUCCCCCUCAAAACCUCUCUCAUUAGAUCUUCCGUUCCGUUCAUCUCUCUGGACUGGGUUCUCUCUUUCUCUCUCGCACAAUCAGAAUUACAUACAUGGAUUCUACAGGACUUCCUGAUCAUCGAGGUCCUGAAAUAGGGAUUAGAAGGGUUUAUAUUAAGAAGGUUUUGAACAAAAUGGGAUUUCUCAUUCGCAGUCCAGUGGCUAAAAAACCUAAUAAUAAUGAUGGGUCGAGAAUUGUUUUGACGACUUUUCUUGGAAUUGCCUUCGGAUUCCUGCUAGGAAUGUCGUUUCCGACGUUUAUGCUAACUAAGUCAAGUAUAUCAACCCAGAGAUUAUUAAAGCCAUGGAGUUCUGUUAAUGGAAGUAAUAGAAGCAGCUCUGUCAAUGGAAGUAGUAGAAGCAACUUAGCUGAAGCUCCAAACCUGAGUGAUAAUGGAAAGAUCUGGGUUUCAGAAAAUCCAAAGGGUGCAGAAAGAUUACCUCCGGGAAUAGUUGUUGCUGAAACAGAUUAUUAUUUACGCAGAUUAUGGGGGAAGCCAAGUGAGGAUUUACCCUUCAAACAGAAGUAUUUGGUAACAUUUACUGUAGGAUAUGCUCAGAGAAAAAAUAUUGAUGCUGCCGUUAAAAAGUUCUCAGGAAAUUUCACCAUUCUUUUGUUUCAUUAUGAUGGUCGAACAAGUGAGUGGAAUGAGUUUGAGUGGUCAAAACGGGCAAUUCACAUCAGUGCUCCAAAGCAAACAAAAUGGUGGUACGCGAAGCGAUUUUUACAUCCUGAUAUAGUGGCAGCAUAUGACUACAUAUUCAUCUGGGAUGAAGAUCUUGGACUGCAGCAUUUUAAUGCUGAAGAGUACAUUAAGCUAAUGCAGAAGCAUGGCUUAGAAAUCUCUCAGCCCGGUCUAGAAUCUAAUAAAGGUUUGACUUGGAAGAUGACGAAAAGAAGACUUAACAAUGAAAUACACAAAGUAACAGAAGAGAGACCUGGCUGGUGUCCAGAUCCACAUGCGCCACCUUGUGCAGCAUUCGUGGAGAUCAUGGCUCCUGUGUUUUCUAGAGAAGCUUGGCGAUGUGUGUGGCAUUUGAUUCAGAAUGACUUAGUCCAUGGAUGGGGUCUAGACUUUGCCCUUCGAAAAUGUGUUGAGCCUGCUCAUGAGAAAAUUGGAGUGAUCGAUUCACAAUGGAUUAUUCAUCAAUCAGUUCCUUCGCUUGGCAACCAGGGGCAAGCAGAGAAGGGGAAGGCAGCUUGGAAAGGGGUGAGAACUCGAUGCGAAAAGGAGUGGGGAAUGUUUCAAAAACGGGUCGCUGAUGCUGAAAACAACUACUACCAUUCAAUUGGAUUGCAUCCUCCAAACUCGACAUCGGAUAGGCAAGUGGUUGAGAAGUUGACUUCAUAUCAGAAUUAAAAGGAAUCAAAUUCUUUGAAUUAGAGAACGAUACACCGAGCUAGAAAUUUUGCUUGUAUAUUGAUGAUUUAUUAUUAUUAGUAUUAGUUAUACAGUUAGAGAUAAAAAUGAACACUUUGGUAAUAAUCUGUUUAACUUGGUACUGUGUGUAAGUAUCAAUAAAUCUCAAAUUUGAUGAGAUGUUCAAGUUUAGUUGAAAUAUUAAUAAAGUUCCCUCAUUAUAUUUUUUUAA